UCCUCUGUCCCUCUCAUAAUUCAUUCUUCACAACAUCCGCUUCUACAGAGCCCCUUAUUGGGGACGUCAAACCCUAACCCUAAAAUCGUCAGAAGCUUCAGCUAUGGCGAUUAAGCAGCUUCUAACCCUAGCUCGCAGGUCUCAAAAACCUUCGUUUUUAUCCCCUCGUUUUAUGCAACCCGUUCGUUCUGCCUCUAAUGCUCCUGCGGUUGCGACUUCACUAUCACCUCCAGCUCCGGAUGUCAUGAUCUACGAUAGACGUGCAGAAGAAGUUAAGGCGAAGCUUAAGAGUUUAGAGAACCCCGAUCCUCGAUUCCUCCAGCACGGUUCUCCUCAUCCGGUACUCGUUGAUCACACGAAGAUCCUAUCGGCGCCUGAAACUCGCUUGACGACUCUACCCAAUGGUCUCCGUAUUGCAACGGAGUCGAACCUCGCCUGUCAGACCGCCACGGUUGGUGUCUGGAUUGAUGCCGGGAGUAGGUUUGAGACUGAAGAGACGAACGGUACUGCGCAUUUCCUUGAACAUAUGAUCUUCAAGGGAACGGAGAAGAGGUCUGUGAGAGUUUUGGAGGAGGAGAUCGAGAACAUGGGAGGACACUUGAAUGCAUAUACUUCUAGAGAACAAACCACUUAUUUCGCUAAGGUCAUGGCCAAUGAUGUGCCGAAGGCACUUGACAUUCUUGCUGAUAUAUUGCAAAAUUCGUGCUUUGAUGAGCAGCUGAUCACCCGCGAGCGGGACGUUAUUCUUCGUGAGAUGGAAGAGGUGGAGAAGCAAGCCGAAGAGGUUAUUUUUGACCAUUUGCAUGCGACUGCAUUUCAAUACACCCCCCUGGGCAGAACCAUCCUGGGACCUGCUCAAAAUAUCAAGACAAUCACGAAAGAUCAUCUUAAGAAUUACAUUUCCACUCAUUACACAGCUCCAAGAAUGGUUAUUUCUGCUGCUGGAGCUGUCAAACAUGAGGAUAUUGUUGAGCAAGUGAAGAAGCUUUUUACAAAGCUAUCUUCGGAUCCAACCACUACUUCUCAGUUGGUUACAAAGGAGCCGGCAAUUUUUACUGGUUCUGAGGUUCGUAUAAUUGAUGAUGAUGUUCCUCUUGCACAAAUUGCUGUUGCAUUUGACGGCGCAUCAUGGACGGAUCCAGAUUCAAUUGCAUUAAUGGUCAUGCAAGCUAUGCUGGGUUCAUGGAAUAAAAGUGCUGGCGGAGGAAAGCACAUGGGUUCAGAGCUUGCUCAGAAGGUUGGCAUAAAUGAAAUAGCAGAGAGCAUGAUGGCUUUCAAUACAAACUAUAAGGAUACAGGACUGUUUGGUGUCUAUGCUAUUGCCCAGCCUGAUUGCUUGGCUGAUUUGUCACAUGCAAUUAUGUACGAGAUAAGCAAGCUAUCUUAUCGGGUUUCAGAAGCUGAUGUUACACGUGCUCGUAAUCAGUUGAAAUCUUCUCUGCAACUUCACAUUGAUGGAACCAGCCCAGUUGCAGAAGAUAUUGGUCGUCAGCUACUAACAUAUGGCCGGAGAAUUCCAAUUGCUGAGUUGUUCGCAAGGAUUGAUGCUGUGGAUGCAAGCACAGUCAAACGUGUUGCACACAGAUUUAUAUUUGACCGGGACAUCGCCAUUUCUGCCAUGGGACCCAUCCAAAAUCUUCCUGAUUACAAUUGGUUCAGGCGCAGGACAUACUGGCUUCGCUAUUAGGUUAUUUCUUGGUUUUUGGUGAUACUAAUUAAAUCCUCUUUUUCAGCCAUC